GCUCUUCCUCAUCUGAUUACGGUACAAAAAUAAAUUCCCCAUUACAUCUCAACAUUGCGGUAGUUAUACCUACUAAUUCUACUGUAUCUAUUAAUUCUACUGACGAUAUCAAUGGAGAUUGAAAAACAAUCAGCGGUGAUUGAGCACAAGUCCUAUGCCAGAGUUGGACUGCUUGGAAACCCUAGUGAUGUUUAUUUUGGAAAUACAAUCUCUUUUAGCCUCGGCAAUUUUUGGGCUUCAGUUCGUCUAGAGCCUUCUACAGAUCUCGUCAUUGUUCCUCACCCUUCUCACGAUCUUGUUCAAUUCAAUUCAGUUUCUCAUCUGGUGAACAGAUUGCAGAAUGAGGGGUACUAUGGAGGAGUGCGUUUACUUAUGGCUAUUUGUAAAAUAUUUCACAAGUAUUGCAAGGAGAACAAUGUUACCUUACAUGAUGGAAAUUUCACUCUCUCGUAUGAAACUAACAUUCCCCGCCAGACAGGGCUUUCAGGUUCCAGUGCAAUUGUUAGUGCUGCACUGAGUUGCCUUCUUGACUUUUACAAAGUCAGACAUCUAAUCAAAGUUGAGGUAAGGCCGAACCUUGUCCUUAAUGCAGAGAAGGAACUUGGAAUUGUUGCGGGUCUUCAAGAUAGAGUGGCACAGGUGUACGGAGGCCUUGUAUACAUGGAUUUUGGCAAAAAUCACAUGGAUGAAUUGGGUCAUGGUAUAUAUACACCCAUGGAUGUUGAUCUUCUCCCACCUCUUUAUCUGAUCUAUGCAGAAAAUCCCAGUGAUUCUGGAAAGGUACAUAGUACAGUUCGUCAGAGAUGGUUAGACGGUGAUGAAUUCAUAAGAUCAACCAUGGAAGAGGUUGCAAACAUAGCUGUGGAGGGACGGAAAACACUUCUUGAGAAGGACUACAUUAAGUUGGCGGCCCUCAUGAAUCAUAAUUUUGACCUGAGACGGCGUAUGUUUGGAGAUGAUGCCCUUGGAACUAUGAAUAUAGAGAUGGUUGAAAUUGCUCGAAGGAUAGGUGCUGCUUCCAAGUUCACCGGAAGUGGUGGGGCUGUGGUUGUGUUCUGUCCGGAUGGACCUUCACAAGUGAAGCAGUUGGAGGACGCAUGCCACAGUGCUGGUUUCACUUUCCAGCCAAUUAAAGUGAUGCCUUCAUUUCUAAGCGAAGUUGAUCUUCAAACUCUGGGAUCAAAUUGAAAACCAUGACCUGCUUGCCAAAUAUGGAGCCCUCUAUAUUCUUUAUUCCUUUCACCUUUUAUUGGUCUAUGCUAAGCUUAUCGGGAAGUAUGUACCAUUACCCUUUGUUAUUUUAUUUGUUCUGAGUAAUGAUCAUGAGAAUUAAACAUCUCUUCAUGCAACUUGAGCAGUCAAAUCCUUUAAAAAAAAUAUUGAUCUCAA